AUGUCUGAUACAAGUGCUGAUGACCAAAUUGAUCGCGAUAUCCGAGAAGCUAUUGCUGCCUCUUUGAGAGACUUCUAUGGAUCUGAUUCGCAAACUCGGGACAACGAGAACCAAGGUGGCAUUGUUGAUUUGACUGGCGAUACAGACGAUGACGAUGAAGCUGUACCCGCGCAGCCCAAGUCAAACUCCGUGAUUGGUGUUGAUACAGAUAAUGAAUCGACUGCUGAUCCUGUUGAAGGUAAUGGUGAUGGUGAUGAUGAUGAUGACGACGAUGAUGAAGACUUGAGGAGAGCAAUCGCGUUAUCGAAGCAAGAUUCCGGACAUGGUCCAGGCUCGCCAGAGUCCCCACUGUACAUUUCCGACAACGAGCAGGCCUCGAAACCAGCUGUAUCUCAACAAACCCACGUCCCAUCGAGCGAGCAAAACAUAUCAAGACCCAUGGGUGUGCUUGGCUUGAAUCGAAAGCAGAUGGAGCAGGAACGCCUCGCGCGUCUUGCUAAAAGGAAACCAGAAGAUACCCCAUUGUGUGAGGAACGCGACAAGAAGCAGUUGAGAACCCAGACAUCUCCGAAGGCUCAAAUGAAGAGGGAUCUUGAUAAGCUUUCAACUGCGAUUGAUCCGUCUCCCCAACCACAAAUUACACGCCCAGAGGCUAGCAGGCCGUCUACUAACAUACCCUCGCCUCAGUCGUUUGUCCAGUUCCCUGCUGGAGUGGUCAAGAAGACUUGGUCAUAUUCUAGUCCGCGCCGCGGUGAUGACAUCAAAAUCGAAGAAGUUUUUCAAAGGUCGAACUUAGAGCUAGCGGUUCUGAGCUCUUUCAUGUGGGAUAUGGAGUGGCUCUUUUCCAAACUUGAUACGCGAAACUCUCUAUUCUUGCUAAUUAUGCAGGCCAAGGAUGAUGCAACAAAGCGUCAAUACGAGUCGGAGACAGAAGCCAUGAAAAACCUCAGAUUAUGUUUUCCUCCUAUGGAACCGCAAGUGAACUGCAUGCACUCCAAGUUGAUGCUGCUUUUCCACAAGGACUAUCUCCGGAUCGUGGUUCCAACCGCCAACCUGACACCGUUUGAUUGGGGUGAGAAGGGAGGCGUCAUGGAGAAUUCUGCUUUUCUGAUCGAUCUCCCCCAAAGACUCGACAAAACUUCCGAAGUCCCCAAGACUGGCUUUUACGAAAAUCUAGUUUAUUUCCUGAAAGCCAGCACGCUGCACGAGAAUAUCAUUUCCAAGCUUGGAAAAUAUGAUUUCAGCAAAACUGAGCAUUUUGAAUUUGUUCACACCAUCGGUGGCUCUCACAUAGGGAAUGAUGCAUGGAAACGAACAGGAUAUUGCGGCUUGGGUCGCGCAGUGACUUCACUCGGCCUACAGUCGUCCAAGCCAGUCAACAUUGAUUUCGUGACAUCAUCUCUAGGCUCCUUAACAGAUGAGUUCCUAAGGUCCCUAUACCUCGCCUCACAAGGCGACGACGGAUCCACCGAGUUCACCCUCCGCACCGCUAAAUACUUCCCCGCGAAAAGCCGCACCGACCCGAACAAGCUGAUCCAGAAGACUACUGCUAAGGAAUCCAAGGAUCGGUUCCGCGUCUACUAUCCAUCCCAGGAGGUCGUCAGGGAUUCUCGCGGCGGUCCCCAAAACGCAGGAACGAUCUGCUUCUCAGAGAAAUGGUAUGAAGGCGCCAAGUUUCCUCGCCAUGUGCUUCGCGACUGCAAGAGCAAUCGAUUCGGGCUGUUGAUGCAUAAUAAGCUCUUAUACGUUCGUCUCGAUGAACCGGUUCCAAUGAAAAACAACACCGAAUGUCGCGCGUGGGCGUAUGUCGGGAGUGCCAAUCUCUCCGAAAGUGCCUGGGGCCGACUCGUCCAAGACCGUUCAACCAAGGAACCCAAACUGAACUGCCGCAACUGGGAAUGCGGUGUUCUUGUGCCAGUCAUCGAGCCGAAGAAACCAGACACUAAAGCCGAAUCUACGGAGAAGGGCAAGGCCGAGUUUUUUGAUCCAGAUGAAACGUCCUCUGAGUCCUCGAGUCAGCUGGGCAAGGAAGAUGAAAAGAAAUCCGAGCCCAAGCCCGCAGCCGAACCAGUCGAUCCCGAAUCCGCGACCAGCCUGGAUGUUUUCACAGGGGCCAUCCCAGUGCCAAUGGAAUUUCCCGGCGCGCGAUACGGAGCGAAUCGCAAACCGUGGUAUAAUUCUACGUUUUGA